UGCAUUCGCGAAAUUCUCCUGAAAUAAAGUAGAACGAAAUUAUUCGAAACUACAAAUUAAUCCUUAAUCCAGAUUAAUCUCUAUAAGAUAUUUUAAUGAGGGAACACUUUGUGGGCUGUUUAGUCCACGUGAUAUUUUGAUGUAAGAUUGGGCUUGCUGAAGUGACUGCUGCUUAUCACAUUCGAUGCUAACGUCAACUUGAUUAAGUCUGGAAAGUCACCAAUGGAAAUUGAAGAGCUGCUAAAGAGUCUUCAAAAUCUCCGUCUGCAGCAGAAAUCGGCGGUGACACUCGAGAAGACAGAGCCACACUAUGUUCUUGACCUGGCCUCACAGUCUGGUGGUGGAGAUUGUCUGCUCGCAGCUACCAGCAGCAACCACACUAUUCGCUUGUUUUCUAGAGAACGCCUGGUACAGACAUCAGUCCUAAAAGGCCACGAAGAUGUUGUUUCUGCUAUACAUUUUUUCAACACUGACCCAAAUAUUUUGCUAUCUUCCUCUCAUGACAAAACUGUCAGAUGCUGGGACAUAAGAGCAAACACAGAAAAGGAAGUUCAGUGUUUCCAAGGUGAAGGCCUAUCUCACUGUAGUGUCCUGAGCUGUGACAUUAAUGCAAAUGAUAAGCUCAUAGCUGGUGGGACAGAGAAGAUGAAGGACGAUGUAUUUCUGUUGUUUUGGGAUAAAAGAAAAGGAAAGCUAUUGGGCUGCUACUCAGAAUCUCAUGAUGAUGAUAUCACCCAGGUUACAUUUCAUCCCCAUUUGGAAAACUUCAUGGCCUCAGGAUCCACAGACGGUCUUUUGUCUGUGUUUGAUAUUGCUCAGACGUCAGAGGAUGAUGCACUGCUAUCCACAUUUAACACUGAGGCUACUGUAGCUAAAGCAGGAUGGUGUGGUAAAGAAGACAAAUAUGUCUACUGUGUGACACACAUGGACACUUUGCACAUGUGGGAUGCCAUGGAGGGAGAUAGUAUUCACCAGAUUACAGACAUAAAAGAACAGCUACAGGAUGUGGAGUAUUUUGUGGACUGCAUUCCAACAAGUGCUGCUGGGGAGAUCCCUUUGUUGGUAACAGGCUCUCACAGUGGCAACAUGCACAUUAUCGAUCUGACAGAUUCCAGUAAUGUCAGGAUUGUGACUUCAUUAACAUCAGGUCACUCAGCAACAGUCAGAUGUCUGAACUGGGACAAGAAGACUUGCACACUUGUGACUGGAGCUGAAGACUCACUGCUUUGCUUGUGGUCCCCUGACGCAACAACAGCAUCUGACUUGAAUGCAAGACAGAGCAAAAUGAAAGCCAAGAAGAUAAAGGCCUCAAGGCAAUCGGCACCUUAUGGCAGCAAAGCCAGAUGACAGCUGUUUUAUUUUAAAGCCUACGUUUCUUAUAGUCUUGUCAGGUGACAUACUUUUGUAGUGUGCUUCAAAAUAUGCAUUUAUGUGCCCUUCUUUCUGUGAACUCUUUGUGUCUGAGAGAGUGACGUUUAAAGUGUUCCAUGUGCAAGAAAUGAUCAACAAAUGCAAAUAUUUGAGAUUUGUGUUGCUGCUGAGAACAGCAUUCUUUUUAAUUGUACAGUCAUGCUCUUUUCCUGCUGAUUCAUAUUUGGCUUCGGUUAUCUGCAAUUUGUUGUGAUUUAGGAAAAAGGGAAAAAUAAAUGCUUUUAUGAGUUUUAAAACAUGCACCAAGAAAGAAGAGUCCAUAAUGUGAUGAACUCCAACCACCCAAGCCUCAUCCAGUACUUGAUUCAUCUUCCUUCAUCCCUGCACUUGUACUUUUCAACAGAAUGGUCCCAGAAAGACAAGUGAAGUGCUAGAAAAGAUAGAAGUUUGUAGAAAAACCUAGCUAAAAGAGCAGAAGAAGCAGUGACCAAAAAAAAAGUUCAACUUAAAGUUUAAAAACCUUAAUUUCCAGAUUUAUCCAUAUAAAACAUGAAAUUUUAAAUCCAAGACCUCCGAUAAGUAAAAAUACUAGAAUUUUAUAACUGAUUUAAUUUUUCCUCUUUCUCACUUGCAAAAGUUCACACACUACAGUAAGAUACAACUUUUUUUAAUUUAAACUUGAAACACAGGUAAUGAAUCUCCCUAAAAUAGGAACAAAAAGCAGAACUGCAUUAAAAGACUGAUUUCUAUGCCCAGACAUCUGUACUAGAUCUACAGGUCUUGACAAAGCACACGUAAAUAUAGCUACAGGUAUGGUGUAACUAUCAUGAGACCUGAAGACAAGAAAGAGGCUAUAUUCUGCUGGUAUUGAUAUCCAAUGAAUGCAAACUUAAAAUGGAUGAUUUGUUAAAUUUAAUGUUGUACUUUAAUUAUGCUAAUCAAAUCCAGACUGAAAAAAGCAUAAUGAGUUUCAUCAUAAAACAUUUUCUCACACAUUUAUCCCAUCUUGCAGACUCUUUUCUCACAUACUACAACAUCAGAAUAUGAAGGAAAAUAUUUGUAACCACCUGAUUGUAAAGACAAUCAUUCUUUGCAAAAAGGAAAAGCAUACUUCACAAGGUGGUCAUGAAAUCAGCUAAUCUGGCUCUAGAGGUGGGGGUAAAGGUGCAUCUCUUAAAACGACAGCACAAUGGACA